CCUGUAGGGAGGGAGUUGGGGGUGACGUUUUCCCUGCACCCCCGGAAUGGGGCUCAAAAGUUUGGAUUCAAUCAUCUCGGAGGUCUUUUCCAGCCUAAAUGAUCCUGAGAAUGAUCCCGUGAAUGUUUCUGCGAACGGUUCCGUGAAAGGUCCCGGGCGGUGCUCCAGCCCCGGGGGCUUCUCUGCCCGCGGUCCCGUCCUGUCCCCACCGGAGGUCCCCGGGCGGCGCCGCCGAGGCCGCGGCGAGUUCAGCCCGAGUUUGGUCCGGUGCCCGCUUGGGGAGGGAGCAGAGGACGGAGGGACGGACGGAGGGAGGGACGGACGGACGGACGGACGGCGGCGCCCGGGCGGUGUCUGCGCGUCCGUCCGUCCGCACCAGGAAACCCAACACCGGCGCGGGGAGGGGGGGACACAAAGGCUGCGCUGUCCCCUCCUGCGGCGCAGGUAUAAAACCUCCCGAAACCUCCCCAAACCUCCUGAACCCCCCGAAACCUCCCGGGGGCCACAACCUGCCCGCAGCGAGGGGCCCCGGGCCACCAGCGUGUCCGGUGCCAUGGCCACGGCCGAGGUGACCGAUGUGACCGAGGUGACUGACGUGACCGAGGUGACCAAGCUGACCGAGCUGGAGACGGCCAUCGAGCGCAUCGUCACCGUGUUCUUCACCUUCGCGGCCAAGGAGGGCAAGAAGGGGACGCUGACCGCCGGGGAGUUCAAGGAGCUGGUGCGGCUCCAGCUGCCCAACCUGAUGAAGGACGUGCCCUCUCUGGAGGAGAAGAUGAGCGAGCUGGACGUGAACAACGACGAGGAGCUGAGGUUCGGCGAGUACUGGCGGCUGAUCGGGGAGCUGGCCAAGGCCAUGCGCAGGGAGAAAGCGGGGAAGAAGUGACGGGGCCGCUGCGGAGACUCGGCCGACGUGCGGCAAAUAAAAGAGGUCUCCCUGA